AAAAAAAUUCGAAUUUUUGCACAUUUUUAGACCAAAAAAAACCGGAAUGAACUCACGAAAUUACGAGAAUCAACAGCAGCAGCAGGGAGGCCACGUACCGCCUGUGGCAAGUAAUACGGUCACAAUUGGAACAUCUGCCAAUUCACAGGUCCGAAUUGGCCCGUCAACCCAAAUCCGUUCACUUUCAAACGUUGCACUACGUCAUCAUCAACCAGUUCCAAUUCGAAAAAUUGUGCACCAUGACACUGGUGGAGGACCCCAAUUUCAGCCGCCAAAAGAUGAACCAAUCGAUAAUUCUAUGCUUGAUUAUCAAGCUUCUACGUCAUCAGGACCACUAAUUGCCACGUCUUCACAGAAUUCCAAUUCAUUUCAACAAUAUCAACGGGGGGGUCCCGGCGGCUCCUCGGCAAUGAGCUCCGGAGCUCUUGUGAUGAAUUCGAGCAAUAAUGGAGCUGCUAAUAAUAAUAUGAUGGCAAUGGAUCAACCGGCGCCGGUCAACUUGGCGGCAAAGGUGGCCGAAGUUUUCCUGACCGCCGGCCACGCUUUUCAAAAAUUGGGUGAUCUGACACUACAAUUACAUACGACAACUGAUGCAGACGAAAGUAAAUGGUCAGAGAAAGAAGUUGAUAAUUUGAAGAAUGCGCUGACACGUUUUGCACAUGAAUUGGAUCAAAUUAGCACGUGUGUUGCUAAUAGGACUACAAAACACAUAAAAAACGACAUUAAACGACGUCACAUGAUGACGUCAUCAGAAGAUCCAUCAUCCAUCUCAGGAGGACCAUCUGCAGGUGGUUCACAUCAUCCAAAACGAAUGGCAAUGAGCUCUAGCGGCGGUGGAGCUGGAGCUUCAGGACCAUCUUCAAGUGCUCCGGGACCAUCAUCAUCAUAUUCUACUGGUGCUGGUGGAGGAGCUCUAUUGUCUACCGGCCACGCUGUCCCUAUAAUGGGAGCCGGUGGAACGGGGGGACACAAACGAAUUAUGCAACCGAUUGGGAAAAUGGUCGCGACGAGGGCAGUAAUCCCGACUCGAUAUACGGUAGCUCCAAGCUCCUCAACAUCUACAGUAAUCCUGAAUAGUCACUCAUCACCCGGCGGCGGUGGAAUGCCUCAUCUUCAAUCACAAAAUCUAUCGGCUUCAUCUGCACCGCCCCCGCUUCCACGUGGUGUCGUACCAACAACUACAGUAACCCGGGUGGUCGCACCACACACUUUACUUCAUCAGGGACCACCCAUAAAGGAUUUGCCGCCAGCGUCAAGCCUAAUUCCAACAAGUUGGCGGAAGAAAUCGCCGGAAACUGAAUUUGUGAAAAAUUGAAUUUUCUAUUCAAAUUUUCGUUGUUGUUAGCUAAAAAAUGAAUUUUUUACCGAAAAAAUCGAUAAUUCUCCAAAAAAUUAUCGAUUUUCAUUGAUUUUUCUGUUGAAAUUAUCGAUUUUUUGCAUUUUUGUUGUUUUUUCUUCGAAUUUUCAAUAAAAAUGUUAAUUGU